GUCUAACUACAAAAACAAGAAGCAAGUUAGUGAGCUAAAGAGAGAUAAUGGCGGAGAGAUCAGAUGAAGUGAAGCUGCUGGGGAUGUGGGCGAGUCCUUUCAGCCGUCGGAUCGAGAUAGCUCUCACACUCAAAGGUGUUCCGUUCGAAUUCUCAGAGCAAGAUAUCACCAACAAAAGCCCUUUGCUACUCCUAUCAAACCCGGUUCACAAGAAGAUUCCGGUUCUUCUCCAUAACGGUAAACCAAUCUCAGAAUCACUUGUGAUCCUUGAGUACAUCGAUGAUACAUGGCAAAACAACCCAAUUCUGCCUCAAGAUCCUUACGAGAGGGCUACGGCUCGUUUCUGGGCCAAAUUCGUCGAUGAACAGAUUUAUGUCUCGGCGAUGAAAGUGGUGGGGAAGAUCGGAGAAGAGAGAGACGCGGUGGUUGAAGCCACGAGAGAUUUACUGAAGUCGUUGGAGAAAGAGCUGGUUGGGAAAGAUUUUCUCGGUGGGAAAAGCUUAGGGUUCGUGGACAUCGUCGCUACGUUGGUCGCGUUUUGGCUGAUGAGAACGGAGGAGAUCGUCGGAGUUAAGGUUGUUCCGGUGGAGAUGUUCCCGGAGAUUCACAGAUGGGUGAAGAAUUUGUUGGAACUCGGUGUUAUUAAGAAAUGUUAUCCCUCCCGAAGAUGAAUAUCUCAGCUACAUCAAAGCUCGCAUGGAUAGCCUCAAAAUCAAAUCUCCUUGAUAAGAUAAGUCUCUAAUAAUCAAAGAAUCUCCGUUUGUUCUUGUCCUAUGAGAUCAUUUAGCUCACAAAUUCCCAAAUUUAAGAAAAAUAUUUGGGAACUGUGACCUUCUUGUUGUGUGAGAGUUUUCUUAAAUUUUUUUUCUGAAAUGUGAAAGUUUAGUAGUUACAAUGUGUUGAGAUGUGAAUGUGAAAUUUUACAUGUUUCUCAAACAAAAUAUCUAAAAGUUUCUUUCUUUAAUCUCUCUUUUG